AUGUCUAAAAUAAUUUGCGUCAUACGAUUUAUCCUUCUAGCUUCGAAAUCUGAACCAGUUAAUGCACGUAGUGCCGGUGUUAUGACACUUGUCUCAAAAACUUGGGCAGGAAAAUAUGAUAUUGUACCAGUUUCAUUCGAUAAUGGCAAAAAGUGUCAAGUUAUUAAUUUUGAAACGCAUGAUGGGAAACGCUUUUCGAUUGUGAACGUACACCUAGAUUUUAAUGUAAAAGAAAAACAGUUUGCUGAAUUGGAAGAGCUCGUGUUCAGACGGUUUGCAGGACCGUUUAUUGUCCUUGGUGAUAUGAAUGCUACAAGACAAGAAAUGGAAAAAAUGUUCAAGAAGCACACAACGAUAAAAUUUGUAAAUGCAAUUAGUGGAGACCCAAAUACAUAUUUUAGCGAAGAUGGAAGAGGAACGAGACAGUGCGAUCAUAUGUGGAUUGAGGAAGGGUACUUCCAAGUGAAAAAUGUCGAUGUAUCGACCAAGAUAAAUGAUUUGGAGGAGUGUCUGAAACAAUUUGGAUCGGAUCACGUACCGAUUGAAGUUUUAAUUAGUAUCGUUUGA